AUGCGGCGCUUCCAGCUGCCGCCGUGCGGGGCCGUGGCCGAGCUCUCCCCGUGCUCCCGACGGGAAGGCGGCGGGGCCGUCCGCAGCCCGCAUAUACCGCUGUUGUUCACAGAGCUGAUGGUAGUGAAGCCAUGGGAAAAAGAGAAAGAGAAAGAUUAUGACUUGGGUAUUUUUAUCCAUUUGGAUCAUUUCUUCCUCAAAUUUAUAUCUCAAGUGGCAGAUUCAGAGCCCCGGCGUCCCCAGGCAGGCGGAUUCGCUGCUGGUGUUUGUGGUGUUUGGGCAAAGCCCUGCGCAAGCUCCCGGGGUCUGAACAAGCAGACAGCUCUUCUUCCUGUGACAGGUGAACCCGCAAAAGGCCGGUUCGGGACCAGGUCUUGCUGCAGCAGCGUGUCCCCGGGUCGGGCGGCGCUCGGGCUGCCAGCCGGGGCCCGGCGGGGGCUCCUCGGGCCGGCCCCGGCCCCUCCCGCCCGGCUCCGCCGGUCCCGCCGCCGGUGCGGGGGCUGCGCGUCCGGCUCCUCCCGCGGAAAUCGCCGCUUUUGGGUACCCUGGAGGAUGCUGCUCAAGAUUGUGUCCAGAUGUCUCAUGAAUAUCUGCUGGAAAGGAGACUCCACAAUCUCUCUCGGCAACCUGUUCCAGUACUUUGUGAUCUGCACAGUAAAGAAGUUCUUGCCUAUCUUCAUGUGGAACUUCCUGUGUUUCAGGAUUCCUGUGUUCCAGUUCCCUCUGAAUUGUUUCAGCAAGACUGAGGAGCGCACAUCAAUUGACCAGGCUCCCUUCUAUUUGAAAAUGACCUCACCGAACUGACAAUAUUUUGUCUCAAGUUCAUUAGUUUCAUUAAAUUAAUUCCUGUCCCUCAUUUUAAACUUUAAGUGCUGAAUGGAUGUCCUAGUUUUUCUUGCAGGUGCU